UGUUUGCAUGCAGAGCCAUCGCCUCCCCUCCAACUAUUUUAAUCAUUUCAAAAGGGUGGGUCAGCAGGCAUUUGGCAGCGGCCCCUUUUCUAUAGCUGAGGUGGAGUCAGCCAAUGACCUGCAAGCCUGGAAAAUUUUGCAGGGCAGUUCCACUGGACGGCUGUGCGGAGCUGUGCCAUUUGAAUUUCAGCACAGACACUCACUCACUGCGCUCCCCAUUCCUGGCGUGUCUCCCAGUGCGGAGUUUAGCUGAGGCUCGGGCUCAGUUUUCCCUGCUCUCUCCCCGCAGUGACAGCUUCUCCGGGCUCYCGAGCCACCAUGGAGGACACCACCUUGCAAAUCAUCGAGCCKCCCACCGUUUCUGAGACCUCGGACGAACAAGCGCCCGAGGAACCCAUCAAAUCAGACCAGAUCAACGGCGUGAUGGUGCUGACCCUUCUGGACAAGAUCAUCGGAGCGGUGGAUCAGAUCCAGCUGACCCAAACACAGCUGGAGGAGAGACAGCAAGAGAUGGAUAGCGCAGUGACCAGCAUCCAGGGAGAGCUGACCAAGCUGACCAAGGCACACACCACCACCAGCAACACYGUCAACAAAAUGCUGGAGAAGGUGCGCAAGGUGAGCGUCAACGUGAAAACGGUGCGGCAGAACCUGGAGAAGCAAGCGGGGCAGAUUAAGAAGCUGGAGGCCAACGAAGCGGAGCUCCUGAAACGCAGGAACUUCAAAGUCAUGAUCUACCAGGAUGAAGUGAAGCUCCCAUCUAAACUGAGCAUCAGCAAGUCCCUAAAGGAGGGUGAAAAGCUGGAGAAAGAAGGUGAGGGUGAGGAGGUGCCUGUGGGUGAGGACCAUGCRGAAGAGGACCACAUCCAGCUCUCCUCAGAUGAGGAGGUGGAGAUUGAGGAGAUUAUUGAAGAGUCACGGGCAGAACGCAUCAAAAGGAGCGGCAUGAAAAGAGUGGAUGACUUUAAGAAGGCAUUCUCAAAGGAGAAAAUGGAAAAGACUAARCUAAAGACCAAGGAGAACCUGGAGAAGACCCGCCAUAACUUGGAGAAAACCCGCCACAACCUGGAGAAGAGGAUGAACAAGCUGGGCACUAAAAUUGUGACUAAYGAAAGGAGAGAGAAGAUGAAGACGUCUCGGGACAAACUGAGGAAGUCUUUCACCCCUGACCACACCAUCUAUGCCAGGUCCAAGACAGCCGUCUACAAAGUGCCACCCUUCACUUUCCAUGUCAAGAAAAUAAGAGAGGGUGAGGUGGAGGUGAAAGCCACAGAGCUGGUGGAGGUUGGUGGAGAGGAGGGAGAAAAUUCCGAUCUGAUGCGUGGGGAGAGCCCYGAGGUGCACACACUGCUGGAGAUCACGGAGGAGACCGACGCGGUACUGGUGGAUAAAAGCGACAGCGAUUAGGACAGGCUGCAGAGCRCAAGGGUUGUGGACGACGGCUGAACAAAUUAUCACUCACAUUUCGAGCUCUCCCUGCCCUGGAGCCCCAGGGAAGUGUACACAAUGCAUCCUUCUUACCCUGCAGAGCCGACGCCGAUCCCCUGCCUGCCUGCUUGUACAAGGUGUAUUUUAUAUUUUAGUUUUAGCACACAAACRUUAGGAACACGGAACUGUUUUUCUUACACUACUAAAUCACCCUCAGAGACCAUUCCUGCUGAAACCUUCUUGCCCCACACCUGAAGAUGGGCKUUGAGUGACAGGGCCCUGGCCCAGCUGGAGAAUGCUGAUSCCAAGACAAUGGCUGUACAGCUGAAAGUUCAAGAGUCCUCCAUAAGAAAAACCUGGUAUCAAGAAAGCUUCUCGCAAGUAGCCCACCAGCCCACACCACCCAGCCCCCUGUGCCAGGCUGUGCAGCCASCCCCCAGGCAAGAAGACUCCCAGCACCCAAACCAGCUGCUCCUUUGGGGGACCAGAAGAACUGGGAUGCAGCUGGUGCAUGGGAGGGAAGAGCUGAGCCAGUCCUGUUGAUGGGCAGAGCAUGGCAAAGCUGAGCUGUUGUGAGCCAGGUGGGGCUGCUCCUCUCUGCCCWCCCAAGGACCAGGUGACCUUUGCAYGAAGCCACCCUGCAGCUGGGCCUGCCAUGGGUGCCUGCAGGGUGUCACACAGCUGGGGGACACUGGUCCUCCCCGCUGUGCCCUGGGGCUGUGGCAGGAGCAGUGCAGGCUGCACAUUUCYCUGCCCAGGUCACGGAUCUGGCUGCCAGAGAUCCAGGGUCUGUGGCGAGUCCUGGGGGCAGGAAGCAGCACGAAGGUGGAUCUGCUCCCUCCACACCCACAGAGAUGGUGGCAGCAGGCAGUGAGGUCCAUACUUGCUGCCCUGGGAGGGAGGACACACAGGCGGUGACACUGGAGCAGCCACCACGGCUAGCAACYUGUUUCCAGAGGGAUACAGGGUGUGCUGCUGCCUUGUGAGGCUCUAGACCAUCACAGAGARUGCCUGACACCUGUCCAGCACCGGACCUUGAGCAUUUCUGAGCAUCUGCUUUCUGCAGGGACCCUGGCACAGCUCAGCCUCAUGUGCUUUCCUCCCUGUUGUGCUUUCUGCAGCUUCACUCGGUGCACUGAAUGAGGCAGCACGAAGGCAGCACACGGUGGCUUGGAGACUCUGCCUGGCUCAGCCCCSGCUUGGCUCACACAUACUCAGCCCUCACUGCAAUCCCCAGCCCUGCAUUCCCCAUCCCGCUCCCCCCAGCACGAGGCUGCUGCCGCUCACAUAACCCAAUAUAUAAACUUGCUUUUCCUAUAAGAAUUAUUUUCCUUCACAUUGUCCAGUGCCUYCAGCCCGUGCCGGCCUCGGGGUCCUGCCACAGCUUCCCUCCCCACAGAAGGUGUGACCGGCCRGUUCCGUGUGCCGGCUGCAGGCAGCCCUGAGACACCGGUGACCCCGAGGUGUGGGGAGGCACUGGGCACCAGCUCGUGGCUGCCAGCUGGGCAGGUGGCUCUCAGUCCCGUGUGGGCUCCAGCCCGCAGGYCACCUGCCCUCACGGGGUCUCUCGCAGGACCACGGGCAGUUUUCACGCGGGUUUUCUCWGAGCAGCAGGGCCGGGGCGGUGGAAGCCCGGGUGAUCCUCGCCUGACCCUGGCUGUGCCCAGGCAGCAGCGCAGCAAUAAAGUCUCUUUUGUA